AUGCCGAGAAAUGAUCGUGACAAUCGAAAAGAGCCUGGAACUGGAAGCAGUGCUCAACCCACUGCAGGGACAAUUAAUAUUAUCAUCGAAGGCAUAACAUCUGGAGGAGAUACAAAUAGCGGGCGAAAGCAGUAUGCUCGCAAACAUGCUCAUACCCCAAGGGAAUCCCGUGAUGAAAUCAAAGACAUCACUUUUGGGGCAAGAGAUUUGGAAGGAAUAACAUAUCCUCAUGACAAUGCCUUGGUCAUCUCUGCGGUUGUUGCUAAUUUCGAAGUAAAGAGGAUACUAGUUGAUAAUGGGAGUGUAGCAAAUAUACUCUCGCAGGAGGCUUUCGCCAAAAUGGGGAUCUCUCCCAAACAGCUCAAAGCAGUAAAAACUCCUCUACAAGGAUUUGGUAAUGGAGUCAUUAUCCUUGAGGGAAUCGUCGAGCUCCCGCUUACAUUAGGAUCUGGUAAUACACAAGUAACGGAGAUCACACCAUUCCAAGUGGUUAAUACCCCAAUGGCCUACAACAUCAUCCUGGGAAGACCUCUACUGAACAAGAUCCAGGCUAUUGUAUCAACUCUCCACCUUGCCAUGAAGUUCCCCACAGGUCAUGGCAUCGGAGUAGUUCGAGAAGACCAAACAGCUGCCAGACAGUGCUAUGUUACUAGCAUUCGAGGAAUGAAUAUAGACGUCAUGCAACUUUCAAACCUCGAGAUCGAGCUCGAGCCAAGGGGCAGAUUGGCCCCCGUUGAGGAAUUGGAAGUGGUCGAGCUCAAGCACGGAAAAGUAGUAACUAUUGGUCGGGAUCUCAAGGCCAACCUCCGGGAGGAAGUCAUCAAUUGUCUAUCCCACAACAUUGAUGUUUUUGCAUGGAAGGUGGAGGAUAUACCAGGGAUAGACCUAGAACUAGCUGUCCAUAAACUCAACAUCAGCCCAAGAGCCAAACCUAUUAAGCAAAGGAAGAGACAGUUUGCGCCGGAAAGACGUGUGGUCAUUCAGGAAGAGGUCGAUAAAUUGGUGAGAGCGGGUUUCAUAAGGAAAGUCCAAUACCCCGAUUGGCUCGCUAAUGUUGUUCUUGUGAAAAAGGCCAGUGGUAAAUGGAGGGUCUGCAUCGACUUUACCAAUCUCAAUAAGGUGUGCCCAAAAGACAGCUACCCACUACCUAGGAUUGACAAUCUUGUGGAUACCACAUCUGGACAUACGUUGUACAGCUUCUUAGAUGCAUUCUCAGUGUAUCAUCAGAUCCUCAUGGCUGAAGAAGACCAAGAGAAGACUUCAUUCAUGGCUGAUUCAGCCAUAUAUUGCUAUAGGAGGCUCAUCAACAAAGUCUUCACCGAUCUAAUAGGAAAGAAUAUCGAGGCGUAUGUGGACGACAUGGUUGUAAAGAGUAAGAAGGUAGAGCAACACAUAUCCAACCUAGAGGAGGUGUUCAUCACCUUAUGA